AUGUGUGCUCUUGCCAGGGAUUGCGAGCUUCUUCGAACAGAUGUGGCCAAGCAUCAGACAGAGGUGGACGAACGAGCUCAGAAGACUGCAGAGCUGGAGGACAAGUUCCACGGGCAGACGAUGCUCAAGUUCACCGACAUGAAAGCGGCCGUGGAGGCCGUUGCUCCUUCGGCCAUUCUUCUGCACUGUGUCGCAGAGUCGGGCCAGGCCGCUGGGCAGCGGAAGCAGCAGCUGGGUCUAGAAGUUGGAGAAGCGAGAAAGCUCAAGGCAAAAGACGGGGCCGAAGGUAAAGACCACUUCCAGCGAGGCCGCUUCCGCGAGGCCCUGCAAAGCUACGCCGCGGCCCUGCGAGAGCUGAACGGAGAGCAGGGCAGCGAAGAGCAGGCAGCGGCCCUGCGCGCGAACCGUUCUCUCUGUCUGUUGCGGCUUGGGGACACAGAGUUGGCCUUGUCGGAGGCCGAGAAGUGCAAGGAGCUGCAGCCGGAUUGGCCCAAAGCGCACUUUCGUGUCGCGGCUGCUUUGAGAGCUUUGGGGCGACUGGGAGAAGCUCGCUUGGCGGCUUGUCAGGGCCGGCGGCUGGCGCCCCGCGACGCCAGCCUGCGGGAUCUCCAAACAGAGCUGCGGCAGAAGCUUUUUCCUGGUCCCACCGCCCCUCUUGGGGAGGCCUUGGAUCUGCUGGAAGACUUCCGGAGAAGCGCUUCCGACAUCCGGGACGCUGCGCAAGUGGUUCGAGACACUCUGCUGGGCGACCGCAAAGCAGGUGUUGGCGUGCUGGAAGCGUUUCUUCGCUCCGAGGGGCCCAAGACGAUUUUCCGACGUCAGAAUGCCAUGGGUGACAACUGGCAAGAGGACAGAUUGCGCUUCACAUUAUUUUGA